GUACCGACCGACCGGGAGAAAUGACCUCCAGCAGACAAGGGAAAUGGAAAUGGCCUCCAGCUUCGAUCGAGCUGCAGAGGGAACGAAUGAGAAGGCUGACCUUUAUUUUGCCGAUAGAACAAACGAGAAAACUCCAGACGCUGCGGCUUCCACUCUCGUAACGGCCCGUCCGGGAGGUUCAGCUUCUCGUUUGCAGGCCAGGAGUUGCACUACAAAAACUUCUUUUUCAGGCACAAGAACGCGGAGUCGGAGAAAGUAUAACGACGCCAGCAACAUCAAGAACUUCUUGAGUGGCACAGCAGCUGCGGAUCGUCGUGCGUCUGCAUCGGCAUUAAGUACAACUGCGGUGCUCGACAGCACCAUUCCGGUAAUGAUUCCCGUGUCUGCUUGCAAAAGUCCGGCAUUUCUUGUAGCAGGCAGGAGCACCUCGACAUCAACUUCGUCGUGCAGUAAAUGCACAUCAAGAACAUCAGCGCAGGAAAUGUUGAGCCGCAUGCUGCAGCGCCUCUCGCCGGCCAAGCUGUCCCAUCGAGUCGCGGCCGCUGCCGCCGCACCGUUCGUCGUAGACAGAAAAAAAUCUUCUUCUUCUGCGUCGCUUGACGGUCGGAAAGAGACCACGGUGGCGGCGAGUGGUGCAGCUCCUGGCACUGCCGCAGGAGCGGCCUCGGGCGGUGGGAUUGUGAGCCAGUCGCACAGUAGCAGCUCGUCCUUCUCUGCUUCGGCCAUCGAACGACAAGCGGAGCGAAACCGGGCGUUGGCACUUGCCUGGGCAAACCGGCGAAAAGAGGUAUAUCUGUGUACAUAGAAUUAGAAGAUACUCAUUGUCAGUUUUCACCCGAUAAGCUUAUUAAGCCGAAGAUGCAAACUACUCGGUUCUUUAUUCCUCAAAAAAAUACCGCAUGAUAUCGACGUACAUCACGACUACCUGUCACUUCUAGGCCUCUGUCGUCGCCUUGCAAGCCCGACAAACUACCUGCUUCGGCUACAGCGAGCGUGCGGUUUUCGGCCUCAAUUUUGCACCGCAGGACCGGGUGAAUAGAGGUACUGUAAUUAUGCCGUCGGGCAUACUAGGGGCUGGAGCAGGUGCAACUACCAAACAGAAGAUGAAGGAGGAGCAGUUGUGUACAAAGUCGAAACCACCCCUACCCGACUGCUUUCGCCGCAGGGGAAAAUUAUCGCCGCGGGGCUACUAGUAGUUCCAAAUUUUCGUAAUUCUAGAGAAUGUGAUGUGGAGCAGCUGUUGAGCCAAGAAUACCUCGACUCCAUAUUUAUUGAUCAUAGUUCUUGCUCUUUCGUGCGUUGUCAACUACCCGGCGCAAGUUGUGCAAGCAAGCGCUGGUCAAUGUGGCUUGCAAUUUUGACAUUUAUAUACCGGUUUUUUGAUUUUAUGUUUUUGUUCUUGAACUACAGCAACGUCGUGACAGCACGACGAAGAUUACUAGAAUGCUACUUUUUGUUGUAUGAUUGCCAAGGUACUAGAGUCUCUGGUUUCAAGAAUGAAUUUACGUUGUACAAUGAGACUCAGCUCCGUCGAGCAACAGUAUAAACGACGAAGAAAAUAAGAAACUGCAAGGCCAAUUCUUGGUCCGGUG